UUCUUAUUCUCAGGUCUCAAUGCUUGUAGCUGCCUACCAGAGCUCAAGAGACUAUCAUGGAUUCAAGAAGCAGCAUUAUGAAAUUCUACAUUCUUGCAGCCUUAAGCACAUAUCAAAUGCUAGUAGCCUCAAGUCCCUUUGGUUUAAGUGAUAGAGCCAGGAUUACUCCUAGCCUUGGACGUUACCAGCGUUUACGACUCCUCCAGGUUGAAUCAACUAGUCCAAAAAGCUCUUUUCCAUAUGGAACUUAUACUUCUCCUCCUCCUCCUCCUCCUCCUCCUCCUCUUCUUUCAAGAGUUGUACCACCAGUUAGUCCUCAAAUCAACUCUCCUCCAUUGGGGAUAUCCACUCCUCCUACUCCUUUGAAGUCCGUGCCACCGAGUCCACAAAACUCAUCUCCAUAUGGGACAAUCACUCCUCCUCUUACUCCUGGUGCUAUGCCAACACUUUUACUUCCCACUCUUCCACCACCAUCUCCAACUGCACAAACCCCACAGCAUAAUGCACCUAAGCCACCAACAGUUAAUCAGCCACCACCAAAUAGUAGUCAUUCAUCAUCACCACCUCCUUCUAAGAAACCUGAAAAUGUUGUUUGGUGUGUGGCUAAGCCAACGGUACCAGCAGACUUGAUUCAGCAGGCAUUGGACUAUGCUUGUGGUUCUGGUGCUGGCUGUGAUGCCAUACAACCCAAUGGGGCGUGUUACCAGCCGACUACUCUGCUUUCUCAUGCUUCUUAUGCUUUCAAUAGCUACUGGCAGAAAAAGAAGCAGGGUGGAGGAACUUGUGACUUUGGAGGCACUGCCAUGCUAGUCACUGUUGAUCCAAGUUAUGAUCAGUGUCGUUUCACGUACAACUGAUCUUGGAAGACAACACUUGAGAUCAAGAGGACUGUACAACAAUGCCAUGUCCAAGACCAGACGUAAACGAUGUUUUUUGCAUAUGUUAUUUUUAUUUACUACAAAAGGACUAAUAAGACUCUAGUAGCUUUUUUGUUUCUUUGUGCUUCUUUAAUGUAGAGGAACUCUAUGGUGAUGUACUGCUACUUCACAAUUUAUAUGAAACAUAAUUCAAUUAAAC